AAGGUCGACGCGUUUACGUAUCGGACUAAAUAAAAAUUAAAAACGUUUCAAUUUUAAUAAUAAUAUUGACCUAAAGCAAAAGUUUACUUCAUAGUGUAUAAUAUUGGACAUGUGAUAAAAAAUAACCUAGUUCUUAACAACACUAUGAUAUUUAUGAAACAGACUUACCGAUUCAACUGUGAAGAUAUGAAAUGAAUCAAAAGUGAAAAAGUGCUUUUAUAAAAUAUAAAAUAAAACAUAAUAACAAUGAAGCGUAGGAAAUACCUUGUAUUGUUUACGCUAUUUUUAACCAACUUAGUUGAUCAGCCGGCACCCGAAGUGGUGAUCGAACAAGGCAUUUUGAGCGGUAAAAUCAGCCCGGAUGGGUCGUUUUUCGAAUACGUCGGUAUACCGUAUGCGACUAGCAACAUUAAUACGAGGUUCAAGGCGCCAUUGCCGCCACCAUCAUGGAAUGGAGUUUUCAAAGCAGUCGAAGAAACAUCUAUGUGUCCGCAAGCAUCGAUUAUUGGGAUUAUUGGUUCAGAAGACUGUUUAACUAUAAACGUGUACAUACCCGCUUUAGCGAGAAAACCACUACCAGUAAUGGUCUAUGUUCACGGUGGAGCAUUUGUGCUCGGAAGUGGUGGUAAACUGUUAUACGCUCCGGAUUUCCUAGUCAAACAUGAUGUAAUUUUAGUGACAUUUAACUACAGACUUGGAGCUUUAGGCUUUAUGUGCUUGGGUAUUAAAGACGCUCCAGGAAACGCUGGACUUAAAGACCAGAUAGCAGCUUUAAGAUGGGUCAAGAAGAAUAUCGCAGCUUUUGGUGGGGAUGUUGAGAAUAUAACUCUUUUCGGACAGAGUGCUGGAGGAACAUCUGUCUCACUGCUAUUGGCCAGCGAAGCUACUAGUGGGCUCUUUAAAAAGGCUAUCGUUAUGAGUGGUUCUGCAAUAUCUAGUUGGGCGAUUAAUCGUCAGCCAAUCUGGAUUGCAAGUCUUGUAGCUAAAGAGCUAGGAUACAAUACUGAUAAUCCGAAUGAGCUAUAUGAAAUAUUCUCUAAAAUACCCUUUAAAGAAUUAGUAAGAGCUAAACCUGAGAAACCUUUGGGGAAAUAUUUAGACACCCAACUAUUGCAUUUGCCGUGUAUCGAAAAAAAUAUACCAGAUGUUGAACCAGCCUUAACUGAUUUACCAUAUAAUUUACUAACGAAAAAACCGAAGAAAAUCCCUGUAAUGUACGGUUCCACUAGCAAAGAAGGAUUGCUUAUAAUAUCGAAAGACAAUGAAGAAACAGUAUCUGAGAGAGAUUCUAAAUAUUUAUUUGCUUCAGAUUUAGAAUUCCAAACCGAGGAAGAAGCUGAAAAGGAGGACAAUAAAGCUAGACAAUUAUACUUUAAUGGUCAAAGAAUGAGUAUGAAUAAUAUUAUGAAUAUAUCUGAUCUAAUGAGUCACUUAUACUUUGAGAUACCGCCAAUUUUAGAGUCAGAGAUAACAUUAAGCACAACAGCUGAUGUUGCAGUUUUCAAUUAUUAUUUCAAUUAUAGCGGUGGUAGAAAUUUCUUAAAGUACCUUACAGGGUUCAAAAAUGAGACCGGAGCUUGUCAUGGAGAUGAAUUACUGUACUUGUUCCGAGGAGAUCUGUGGCCAUUUCCCAUUAGUAGAAAAGACAAGAAAAUGAUUGAUUGGAUGACAAAGCUGUGGUCUAAUUUUGCUAAAUAUGGAGAUCCUACACCAGAAGAUGCAAGUGAUCUACCAAUUAAAUGGGUUCCCAGCAAAAGAAAUGAUCUAAAGUUUCUAUACAUAGAGGAUGAUUUGUCGAUGGGUACAAUACCAAGCCCGGAGGCUUAUCGACUCUGGAAAUACAUGUACGAAAAAUACCGAAAAUUGAGUGUUGAUAGAGUAUUCGAUGAUUGUAUACUGCGCAAACCAGUCGUCAUGAAGUGUAGAAAAUAUUUGGUGUUGUUUUCAUUGUUUGUUAUGAAUUCAGCUGGACAGCCAGUUCCUAAUGUGACCAUCAAACAAGGCGUACUCACCGGUAAAAUCAGCAAAGACGGGAAGUUCUUUGAAUACGUUGGUAUACCAUACGCUACCACGAAUAUUAGCGGUAGAUUCCAGGCACCACAGCCGCCUCCAAAAUGGGAUGGAGUAUUUAAAGCAGUUGACGAGUUCAUUCAAUGUUCUCAACCCUCAGCUUUCGGCAUUGUAGGAACAGAAGAUUGUUUAAACAUUAAUGUUUAUGCACCGACGGGGGCAAAGGGACCUUUGCCAGUCAUGGUCUAUAUACAUGGCGGCGCUUUUCUGUUGGGUAGUGGAGGAAAAAUACUCCUUGGUGCAGAUUUCUUAGUGAAACAUGAUGUUAUUUUAGUAACGUUUAACUACAGGCUUGGUAUUUUCGGAUUCCUUUGUUUAGAUAUUAAAGAAGCACCUGGCAACGCAGGUUUGAAAGAUCAAAUAGCUGCUUUGAAGUGGGUCCAAAAAAAUAUAGCUGCUUUUGGUGGAGAUCCUGACAAUGUUACCCUCUUUGGUCAUAGCGCUGGAGCAACAUCUGUUUCAUUUUUACUAGCUAGUAAAGCUACUGAAGGAUUAUUCCACAAAGCCAUUAUGCAAAGUGGAUCCUCUAUAGCGAACUGGGGAUUGCAGCUAGACCCAAUUAUGAUAGCAUCAGAAACGGCUAAGGAACUAGGCCAUGAUUCUAAAGACCCUCAAGAAUUAUACGACAUAUUUGCAAAAACUCCAUACAAAGAGUUGAUAAAUGUCACCGUUGGGAAACCCCUUGGUCAACUUUUAAUUUCGAAUUUACUACAUUUACCUUGCAUCGAGAAAGUCUUCCCCGAUUCGGAGCCCGUCAUAACUGACCUACCUAUAAAUUUACUAAAAAAUGCACCGAAGGAUAUUUCGGUGAUCUACGGCUCGAACGAUAAAGAAGGACUGUUUUUUGUAUCAGAAGUUACGAAUGAAACGUUAGCUGAAAACAACAAAUUAAAAAUAACAGGGUCUGAUUUCAAAUUUUCGUCAGAUCUAGAAACCGAUGAGGUUACAUCGAAAGUUAAAGAAUUUUAUUUUGGAAAAAAUACCAUAAGCUGGGAAACAAGAAUGAUUUUAUCUGAUUUCUACACUCACUUGUACUUUGAGAUGCCAGUCAUAAUGGAAUCUGAGAUGAUAUUGUCGCAAACAAAUGCCUCUGUUUACAAUUAUUACUUUACCUAUUCCGGGGGAAGAAAUAUGGUCAAACAAAUUUCAGGAUUUAGAGACGUAAUUGGCGCCUGUCAUGGCGAUGACAUACUAUAUUUCUUUCAAGCAUAUGCUUGGCCGUUUGAAAUCAGCGAAAAAGACAAAAUCAUGAUUGAUUGGAUGACUAAAAUGUGGACAAAUUUUGCAAAAUACGGCAACCCCACUCCACGAUUCGAUGAAACACUUCCAACAUGGAAAGCAAGCAGCAAAGACAACUUAAACUUCCUAUACAUCGGCGAUGAAUUGAAAAUGGGAUCGUUGCCUAACGAAGGACCGUACACUUUCUGGAAAGAUCUGUACUCCAAAUAUCGCAGAACUAAUUUGUUGUAAGAAACACAAACUUUGGGAGGCAGUUAUAUAAAGAAGCUAACAUAGUAAAACAUUAUAUUUCAAACAAAGGGCUUGCAUAUGCUACAGCCAUGAGCGGUACUGUAACAGAGUGACAAAUAAAUUAAUAAUCAGAACAGAAUAAAGUCAGAUACUAAAGCUGAGUAAAAUACUAAGACUUCCCGGUCAACGCUAUUUAAGAUUCAAGAACAAAAUUAUUUCACAAAUCUUUAUACAAUAACUCUUUCGCAAGUGAAGUGAUACGUUUGAGAAUAGCAUAAUUCAUUUUGUGUUUUUGACAUUAAAAUACAAAUAACUGUGAUUUACAAACUUGAAUUAUACAAAAUUACUUGUGCAUGCAAUCUUAUGUUUGGCUACACAGAAAAUGUAUGGGUGAUACGUUUUUAUGACUGCAAGCUUAAGUUGGCAGCAUGCAAGAAUUGGAUGCCGAAUACAAUUAUUUUAAUUUUC